ACUAAACGAAGGUUUGCAAAUUCACUUUGAUUGAAUUUUGUGAGCCUCCUUCAACUUUUCAUUCUCGCGAAAAUUCAAACUCCGAGCGCUUCAUCACCACCCUCAAUUCCCUUUUCGAUUGCCAACUGCUUUAGCCAGAAACAGCAAUCAUGGGUAUCUCUCGCGACUCCCGCCACAAGCGCUCCGCCACCGGUGCCAAGCGUGCCUUUUACCGGAAGAAGCGCGCUUUCGAGGCCGGCCGACAGGAGGCCAACACCCGUAUCGGCCCCAAGCGAAUCCACACCGUCCGCACCCGCGGCGGCAACCACAAGUACCGUGCCCUGCGUCUCGACACCGGUAACUUCGCCUGGGCCUCCGAGGGUGUCACCCGCAAGACCCGUGUCAUCGUUGUCGCCUACCACCCUUCCAACAACGAGCUGGUCCGAACAAACACCCUGACCAAGUCCGCCGUCGUCCAGAUCGAUGCCGCUCCCUUCCGUCAAUGGUACGAGAGCCACUACGGCCAGUCCCUCGGCCGCAGACGCCAGCAGAAGUCCGGCAAGGAGGAGGAAGUCGUGAAGAAGAGCAAGGCUGUCGAGCGCAAGCAGGCCGAACGAUACGCCGCCACUGGCAAGGUCGAGGCUGCCCUUGAGAAGCAGUUCGAGGCCGGUCGUCUAUACGCAGUCAUUGCCAGCCGACCGGGCCAGAGCGGUCGUGCGGACGGAUACAUCCUCGAGGGCGAGGAGCUGGCUUUCUACCAGCGUAAGCUACACAAGUAGAGGGUGAGCGGAUGAAGAAGAAGAAAAAGAAGGAGAAGGAAAGCAGAGGGUUAGGUUAUGAGGGCACUGCAAAAUACCACGCGCGAUGGCACCGGUGUUCAUGGAUUCUAUUCAUCUUCGGCAACGGAAAGGGGAUCGCGUUUGCUAGGUUCUGAUCAAUAAAAGAUCACCAAGAGAGGCUUGCCAGUGUCAAUUGCCACGAUAGUCACGUUUAUGUGAAAUGCUAUUCUUCUUUAAUGUUAACGCUGUGAUUCUUGCCCCGA